AUGUCUCGCGUCGCACUAGCAGGCAUCAAGGCUCUGACCUUUUACAAAGACGAUCUCACGAAUGCACGACGAACUAGUCCCAUUCCCCAGCUGAUGUGCGUCGGAAACCCUUGUAAAGCGUACCAACCAGAGGUCGUGCGUUGUAAGAACAUUGGCGGAGCAGGAUUGGAUGUCGACUGGAAGUGCGAGGCUGAUUUGCCUGAGGCGUUGCGUUUUGGGAAAGUCAUGGUUUCCUGUGAAGGCUGGUCAGGACCCGGAGAUCCUUAUGUUCUCAAAGAUUCUUGUUCUCUGGAAUACAGACUUGUCGAAAUCCCAAGGGACUUGAGGAAUCAUUCAGAUCCACAUCAUAGUUCAAGCAAGAAAGUAGACAUCGCAAAUAUUAUAUUCACCAUGGCUUGGGUUUCCGUUCUCUUAUUCAUCUGCUACAGUUUUCUCAGGUCUUGCCUCAGCACACGCAACGCGCCGUCUUCCAGUACCUCGCGUAGUGGAAACCAAUCAGGAGCACCACCCAGACCAGGUGGUGGUGGAGGCAAUGGCAGAUUUCCAGGUUAUUACGACGACAAUACAGGGAGAGACUCUCCCCCUCCAUACUCCAAAACUCAAAAUGAACCAUGGAGGCCAGGGUUUUGGACUGGUGCUGUAGCUGGUGGAUUGGCUGACCGAUUCCUCUUCCGCAAUAACGAGGCUGGUGGUGGACAGCGAAGGCAAUGGGAUUGGGAGCAAAGUAGACGACCGACUUCGUUUUUCGGUGGGGGUGGUACUCGUCGUACUUGGUCUUCUUCAACAAACUCUGAAGAUCGAGGAGAAGGGUCUUCUAAUUUGGGCAAUGUGAGACGAAGUACCGGAUUCGGAGGCUCCAAUGUUCGGUGA